CACCGCCAAAGAUAUUCCGCUUGUUCGCAUGGCGAUUUGCUUUACAGAGGAUUGCAACCAGCAAGACUUGCAAGCUUUAGUGAACAUGGUGAAUCCACCUCUAGUUCGCCUGAAAGUGUCCAACUGCGUAACUGCAGACCCUGAGCCAUGGACCAACACGCAGAUUGGCAUAGUCAUCUUUCUAUGCGUCCUCCUAGUCGUCGUGAUGGCCGCCACCUUGGUGGACUAUUCGGCGGAUCGCUUGCCAAAGAAAAUGCAAGAAUACCGUACGUACCGUACAACCUUUGUUUCCUCGUUGAGAAUUGCCAUUUACCGGCGGGUCAUAACACCACAGUCUUAGAUGUUGGGACUUAUAUUCUCAUAUACACAUCUUUAUACCUGCGCAAAUUGAAGUCCGCCUCAAAAAACAAAUGGAGAAGACGAACGCACUUGUUUCAACUUCAGAUAUUGUUUCGCACACUUCUAUAUGUAGCCCAUUAUGCUGA